UCAACAAAUUUUCCUGUUUCCAAACUUUUACAAAAUCGUGUAGAUUAUUCCUUUCAUUUUCUUUUAUUUUCUGACAAAUAAAAUUAAGCAAAAGAUAAAAUUGAUCUAAGCCUUCUUGGAUAUUCCCAAGCAAGCUUGAUUGAAAGUUGAGCAUGGAUGAACCGAAGAGAGAAAUGGAGCAUGGAACCAAACUGGUUUAGGUAAAGUUGAGGGUAAGUUUCGUAUAAUGGUUGUUUUAGUCAUUGAGAGUGUAGAGCUCAUUUGAAGAAUCUAUGAAAUAACGUAGUUUCGAAAGGGUGAGAAUAUUGUUAGUAAGAUAAAUAAGGUGGUCGUGGGGGUUGGUUAGGAGGUUAAGUGAAUGGGCUUGAGAAACUUUGUUGAGGGCGGACUGCCAUAAGUCACAAUUGGUGAGGUCUUCGAGUGAGGCGAGCUUGUGGACUAGGUCAUUGAGAGCGAUGAUGGACAAUGAGGGUUUGUAAUUGUGAGGAAGACUACUAAGUUCGCGUAUGCAUCAAACAGGGGAGAUCCUAAUUAAUGGUCGCAAGGAAACACUUGCUUUUGGAACUUCGGCUUAUGUUACUCAAGAUGAUACUUUAAUGACAACGCUUACAGUAAGGGAAGCUGUUUUCUACUCAGCACAGCUUCAGCUGCCUGAUUCCAUGUCAAUAUCUGAAAAGAAAGAAAGAGCUGAAAUGACAAUCAGAGAAAUGGGGUUGCAAGAUUCCAUGGACACCAGAAUCGGAGGGUGGAGCACCAAAGGACUUAGUGGUGGACAAAAGCGGAGAGUCAGCAUUUGUAUUGAGAUCUUAACAUGGCCCAAGCUUCUCUUUCUUGACGAGCCCACUAGUGGACUAGAUAGUGCAGCAUCCUACCAUGUCAUGAAUCGGAUUGUGAAACUAGCUCACCAACAUGGAAGGACUAUAAUCGCAUCCAUUCAUCAACCUAGUAGUGAAGUUUUUGAGCUCUUCCAUAAUCUUUGCCUUCUUUCCUAUGGCAAAACAGUCUAUUUUGGUCCUGUUUCAAUGGCAGAGAUGCUUUUUGCUACAAAUGGCUUCCCAUGUCCACCUUUAAGGAACCCAUCAGAUCACUAUCUUAGAACAAUCAACAAAGACUUUGAUGAAGACAUAGAGCAAGGAAUAGGUACCAGUAGCACAGAGGAAAUCAUUGAUACACUUGUUAAGUCUUACAAGUCAUCAGAGAUAUGCAAGCAAGUUCAGCAUAACGUAUUAAAGAUAUCCCAACAAAAAAGAGGGCCUCUAGAGAAGAAGGGAAGUCAAGCCAGCUUUAUUACCCAAAGCAUUGUUCUUACAAAAAGAUCUUUUAUUAAUAUGUAUCGUGACUUAGGCUACUACUGGCUUCGCUUUGCAAUCUACAUUGCAUUAUGUUUAUGUGUUGGGACUAUAUUCCAUGAUAUUGGCUUAACCUAUGGCUCAAUUCAGGCUAGAGGAUCCAUGCUCAUGUUUGUUGCGGCAUUCUUGACUUUCAUGGCGAUAGGAGGAUUCCCUUCUUUUGUUGAAGACAUGAAGAUCUUUGGCCGAGAAAGACUAAAUGGACAUUAUGGGGUUGGAGCAUUUGUCAUUGGAAACACAAUUUCAUCCAUUCCUUACUUAUGUUUUAUCUCUUUAAUCCCGGGAGCACUAGCCUAUUACCUGGUUGGACUUCAAAAGAGUUUUGAUCACUUUAUCUACUUUGUCAUAUUGCUCUUCACUAGCACGAUGCUGGUCGAGAGCAUAAUGAUGACUGUUGCAAGCGUUGUGCCGAAUUAUCUCAUGGGAAUCAUUACAGGAGCUGGUAUUCAAGGGAUAAUGAUUUUAAAUGGCGGUUUCUUUCGGUUGCCUGACGACCUUCCAAAACCAAUCUGGAGGUACCCCAUGUACUACAUUGCAUUUCACAAGUAUGCGAAUCAAGGAUUCUACAAGAAUGAAUUUGAAGGAUUAAGUUUCCCUAACAAUCAAGUUGGAGGACCUCCCACCAUUACUGGUGAUGAAGUCUUGAGAAGCUUUUGGCAAGUUGAAAUGGGAUACUCUAAAUGGAUUGAUCUUGUAAUCUUGUUUGGCAUGGUGGUUGUAUACCGUCUCAUGUUCUGGGGAAUUAUUAUCACAGUUGAAAAGAUUAAGCCUCUUAUCAAGGAUUAUAUGGCGGCCUCUCCUAAGAAAUCAAGUAUGAUAUUAGAAAACCCUUCCUCUAUUUCUUCACAAUUAGAAAUGCUUUGAAAUGUUGCAUAUUAAGUAUUUAUAUUGUUAUGACUUUGUCUAGGUUUGCAACUCAAUAGAACCUAACUACUAUCCUUGUUUGAAAUGAACACCAAUUUUAUGGUUUUCGUUUACGAUGUCCAUUGGCGUGGACUAAUAUGAAAUAACUUGGACCUUUCUAGUUACAAAA